AUGCCGGGGGUGCAGCCAGUGACCACAGAGCUUCGAGCGGGCAUCCAGCCGCGCGGCCUGGGCUUCGAGCCGUCCUGGAGCAGCAUCCCCUUCGAAGGCUAUGAGGGGAUGACCCAACAGCAGUUCCAGGAGGUGAGCGCGCCGUUCACCAAGCACGGCGGCCAGGUGCCUGUGCAAGUCCCCGCGGGCUGGCGACGUGUGGAGGGCAAGAUGCCAGGCAAGCACUUCUACGUGCAUCGAGACACGGGUACGAUACAGAAGGUAGCGACGGACAUCUAUCACCCCAAGGCAUCUCGCCUGCACUGA